CAUGCAGGAACUUCUUAAAAACAGUUUUCUGUUGGUAUUACUUGUCUGUGUUACAAUUACGUUUUUUAAACAUUUGAAAAACGUGUGUACAAUCCCAUGUAAUAUCACGACAAAAUAUGUUUGAAGUUUGCAUGUGAUAAUGCAUGAUAUAUAUGCAUAGCAAUACAUAUGAUAAAUAUAAAAUUGUUAUUGUUCCCCUCUGUAAAUAAACGAAAACUGAGUGUAUUACACUGUUGAACACUGAGUGUUAUACGUAUGACAGGACAGGAAUGCACUUUUUAAAAAAAGUCUUCUUUUAGAUCCGCCACCGACCCCAAGGAAUUCUGGUCGGCAGAAAAUAUUCCAUCACACGCGUUUUCAUUAUACUCCUCCAAUCGUGUGUGCCGGAACUCGUGAACUUAUUGGUAAAGAAGGGGACGUGUAUUUCCCUAUAAAUUUCUGUGCCUAACUACGGGAUUUAUUAUUUUCAGUAUAUAAUUUAUGGUCUUGCAAUAUAUCACAUUUGUUAAUCGAUAAGAUAGGACAACAAAUAUUUCCUUUGAAUAUUCUUAGGGAUAGUUUUACCCUCGGUGCACCUCUUUCAUACUCCGUAUUCAAGCAUUGAUAGAAAACAUGUUAAUUUACAUAAAGCAGUCCUUUAUCUGUACCGUAACCCGUCUGGAGGAUAAAAAGCACGUUGUCUGCAAACGAAUUUGGAUACACAGGUAAGGGAACGUGACGAGUGCUAAAGAUCUGAAUAAGAAGGUUACAAGAUGGCGUCCGAAAAGACGAGAGUCGCUGUGAUCGGGGCUGGUCCAGCUGGGCUGUGCACACUCAAGCACCUGGCACUGAGCUCGAACAAGUACGACGUCGUGGCCUUUGAACGGAACUUCUGGCCUGGUGGAUUGUGGGUGUACACCGAUUUGACUGGGAAGGAUGAAUACGGCGUACCUAUCCACUCAGCCAUGUACAAAAAGCUAAAGACGAACUUACCGAAGGAGCUGCAGGAAUUCCCGGGAUUCCCGUACCCCAAGGAGUUGAACUCCUACAUCUCCAGAAAACAGUGUCUGGAGUACCUGAACAACUUCACAGACCAUUUCGACAUUCGCAAAAACAUCAAGACCAAUACGCUUGUCCGAGAAGUCAGUCCAAUCAGCACGACUGACAAAGUGCAAUGGAGCGUGAGAUACUCCGAUAUACGUAAACUAGGGGAGACCAGUGAGGAGAUCUUUGACGCUGUGUUUGUCUGUAAUGGACACGACUCAAAACCGAACAUUCCUGAUAUAGCUGACAUGGAUAAGUUCUGCGGUAAGAUUCUACAUAGCAGAGAUUAUCGUCACGUGGAGUCAUUUACCAAUCAGAAAGUGGCUGUGCUCGGUAUGCAUUACUCGGGGGAAGAUAUCGCCAUUCAGAUCUCGACCAAAGCAAAACGAGUUUAUGCAUGUCAUAGAAGAAAGACAAUGUCCCCAUCAUUUCCUGAUGAUAUUAUCCAAAAACCAUCCAUUGUACGCAUGACAGAAACAACAGCCGUGUUUACCGACGGCACGGAAGCGGAAGUCGAUUCCGUCAUAUUCUGCACAGGGUACAAAUACAGCUUCCCCUUCUUACAAGAGGGACUGGUCAGUACAGAGAAUGAGAGGGUCACCCCGCUUUAUAAACACAUGGUCCACAUCGAGUAUCCCAGUCUGAUCUUUGUGGGAAUUCCAAAACAGUGGAACCAUUUCCCGCAAAUCCACAACCAGUCCAAAGUUGCUGUAGCCGUGUUGGAGGGAAGGGCACCACUUCCGUCGAAAGAAGAAAUGAAGCGCGAGAGUGACCAGGAAUACCAAGAUCUUUUGAACGCAGGAAAACCCGUGACGUACUACCAUUUCUUUGGAGAUGAGGAUCGUCAAUGGCGCUUUAACAAAGAAAUGGCAGAUUGGGCUGGGAUCGAACCCCUCCCCCCAGUGAUGGAGAAGUUGAAUGACUAUGUAAUGCUGGAGAGGUUUAAUAACCUGCUGGGCUUCAACUCGCUGAACUAUGAAGUCACUGGAAAUGAUUCAUUCAAAGUUCUAAACAAGUGAAUUUUAGCAUGAACAAAAUGACAUUUGUUAAUUGUUUUCCCAUUUUAACAGUCCAUGAAUAGCAUGGAAAUUGUUAAUUGUUGUUUUUUCGUCUAUUUGUGGUUUAACACUCGAUCAGUUCAUUUACAAUUUUAACAAUAAAAUAUCGUUUUAGAGUU